GAAGGCGUUUCCGUGUCCGGUGUCAUGGCGGCCUCCUUCCCGGAAGGCGUGCCGGAGACAGAGGACGGGAAGAGACCGCAGUUCGGGAACCGGUUCCUGAGCGACCCGGCGCGCGUCUUCCAUCACAAUGCCUGGGACAACGUGAAGUGGUCAGAGGAGCAGGCCGCGGCGGCGGAGAGGAAAGUGCAGGAGAACAGUUCCCAGCUGGUGUGCCGGGAGAAGCAAGUUGAUUAUGAAGUCAAUGCCCAUAAAUACUGGGAUGACUUCUACAAAAUCCAUGAAAACGGAUUUUUCAAGGACAGACACUGGCUUUUUACUGAGUUCCCUGAACUGGCACCUAGCCAGUUCAAUCACCUGACAAAUGUACCCUUGGAGAAGCAGAGGACUGAAGUCUGUGAGGACGGACCUGACUUGACAGAACAGCACAAAUGUACUUGUACCAGCCGUGGAUGUGAGACUCGGGUGCCUCCUGUGGAAGAACAGGUGACUCAGAAGCUCGGUCACUUAGAAAUUUGUGCUGAUGAGUUUCCUGGCUCCUCUGCCUCCUACCGAAUACUUGAGGUUGGUUGUGGUGUAGGAAACACAGUCUUUCCAAUUUUACAAACUAACAAUAACCCAAACCUCUUCGUUUACUGUUGUGACUUUUCUGCCACAGCUAUUGAACUGCUCAAGACAAAUUCAGAAUAUGAUCCUUCUCGCUGUUUUGCCUUUGUUCAUGAUCUCUGUGAUGAAGAUCAGAGUUACCCAAUGCCUGAAGACAGUCUUGAUGUCAUCGUUCUUAUAUUUGUUCUUUCAGCAAUUGUUCCAGACAAGAUGCAGAAAGUUAUCAGCAAGCUAAGCAGACUCCUGAGGCCUGGAGGGGUGAUGCUUCUCCGAGACUAUGGCCGCUAUGACAUGGCUCAGCUUCGGUUUAAAAAAGGUCAGUGUCUAUGCGGAAACUUCUACGUGAGAGGUGAUGGCACCAGAGUCUACUUCUUCACACAAGAUGAGCUGGACGUACUCUUCACGGCUGCGGGGCUGGAAAAAGUGCAGAACCUGGUGGAUCGCCGCUUGCAGGUGAAUCGAGGGAAGCAGCUGACCAUGUACCGCGUCUGGAUCCAGUGCAAAUACCGCAGACCUCUAGUGCCCAGCUGCAGCCAACGUGCGCCCAUUCCCCACACCACGUAAAUGUAAGAAGACAUCUGUAAACGGUGGCUUGUUGAUGGUGGACAGUCUGGGAUUCAAGUAGCUCAAACUUUGAGCCUAAGGACAAUUACUUUCUGUUAACAAUUAUGGUUUUUAGCCAGGUGUGAUGGCACAUGCCUUUAAUUCCGCACUCAGGAGGCAGAAGCAGGCAAAUCUCUGAGUUUGAUGACAUCCAGUGCUAGGCAGAAAAACCCUGUCUCCAAAAACAAACCAAAACAAAGUGUGAUUUUUAUUUGUGAAACCCAUUAAUGCACAUUUUUUGGAGUUCAUUUUAUUAAUAUUAUUGUCUGGUUGGGGCAAUGCUAUGGUGAAUGUGGGGAGUUCAAAGGAGAACUCGAGGAGUCAGUUCUCUUCUACAAGUUAGUUCUGGAAUUCACACCCAGGCCUGGCAGCAAAUACCUUGGGCUUUUUGACAGUCCUAAAAGCUUUUAAUGACUAGAGUUUUAUAUAUAGGAAAAUUCAUCCUGUGACCAAAAUGACCUUGCUGUUUAGAUCAUCUUGGCAUCCUAUUGCAAGAUGGUGGUCCACACCUUUAAUCCUGGCACUCAGAAGCCAGAGACAGGCGAUCUCUGAGUUCAGGGCCAGCCAGGGCUACACAGAGAAAAAAAUGAAAAAUAAGAAAGGAAAAAGUAUGCUAACACAUUUGUUUGGGAGUUAAGAAUUUAAAACCAAGCCUGGCCAAGUAUGAUGGCUCUCAGCAGAAAUCCCAGCAGGUAGAGAGCUGAGGCAGAGGGAUGCCCAUAAGAUCCAGGCCAGCUAGGGCCACAGUGUAAAACCGUCUCACAGGUUGUGAACUUGGCUCAGUGACAGAGCAUAAGCCCUGGAGCCAGAUGCGAGGUUUAGAUUUACGCAAUCUUAGCACCGGGGAGACUGAGAUAGGAAACUGCCUUAAACUCAAGGCCAGCCCCGGCUACAUUGUAAAAGCUUACCUCCACUCACAUUCCCUGGAGAGCUGCUUCAGCUUAAUCCUGUGGGCAGCAGUACAAGUGACGUUGUGUUCCAUUGCAUGGUGCUGGAUCGUGGGUACCUUUUAAUAUCUCCAUUAUUAGGACUAGAAAAGAGGCUCAGCAGGUUUAGGCACUUGCUGCCGACCGUGACAACCUGAGUUCACGUCCCCAAAACCCACAUGGUAGAAGGAGAGAACCGCAUGUGCUAUAGCACGUGUGUGCCCUCAGACAUACGCACCAAAAUAAAAUAAGUUUUUAUAUCA